UUCAGAUUCCGAGGAAGAUAUUUGUCUAGACGUAUACCUUAUCCUUCUAAUGGUAGUUUUAAUCCCUUUGCAAUUUCUAAUAAAGAAGCACACAUAUUAAAUGGAAACAUAAAUAACUUGGAAGCUGCAAAAAUGUGUGAGGAAAACAGCUAUUCAUUUGGUAGAGAUCACUUCAGUAAUUAUUGUUUAAACAAUGCAGGUAAAUUUUCCUGUGCAGUUGAUUGUUUUCUCGAGCUGUGUUAUGGUGUUUUUUGUAAUCAUCUUCAUAGCACUACACGAAAUGAGUUUUUUGACGUUAUCUAUGAGUCAUGUAAUCAAAAGAAAACCUUGGGGCUAUUGACAUUGUGCGAGAACCUGUGUGGUUAUGGCUCAGAGAUCAUUGUUCAUCAUUUUCUGCAAUGACUGCCAAUGCUGUUUUUAGUGACAUAUUUACAUUGAAUACUGUCGGAGAGUUAAGUGAGGACCUCAAGUCAUUGUUUGUUGUUCAGCAAUGCAAUCAGUCGUGUUGCGCAUCAUGUGGCAACCAAAUCAUAUAUAAGACAGGUAUAUUUGUUCUUUACAUUACCUGCCCAAAUAUCAUUUCCACGCAAUUUGCAAAU